CUAAGAAAAACUUUGUGUUAUCUCAAGAAAAAAUCUGAUUGCCUCUGGAUUUUCAUGUUGUUUCUACAAAUUCUGCUGUGAACGAAGACAGAUUAUAAAUAUUUUAUAUAAUAAUAUUACUCUCCUAAUUGUAUUUGAUAUAACAGAGAUGCCUCCUGAUACAAAAGCGCGUCAAAUAGCCUUGAUGGGCUUCCGAUCGGUCGGAAAAUCUUCCCUGACAAUCCAGUUUGUAGAAAACCAGUUUGUUGAUUCCUACGACCCUACAAUUGAAAAUACAUUUGACAAGCCUUUUAAGAUAAAUGGUCAGCAAUACCAGUUAAAAAUCAUUGAUACAGCAGGCCAGGAUGAGUACUCCAUCUUCCCACAGUCCCUAUCUGUCAACAUCCAUGGUUACGUCCUUGUCUAUGCCGUCACUUCUGCUAAAAGCUUCGAAGUAGUCCAGAUUAUUUAUGAAAAGCUUCUCGACAUGACAGGAAAAGUAGAUAUUCCCCUUGUUCUUGUUGGAAAUAAAACAGACCUUCAUAUGGAAAGAAGUAUAAGUACACAACAAGGCAAGCAGCUGGCUGAUUCAUGGGGUGCCACAUUUAUAGAAUCAUCAGCAAAGCAGAACGAGAGUGUGGAGGAUAUAUUCAAAACGGUGCUGCAACUCAUCGACGGGAAUCCUCAAAUGAAAGAUGAAAAAUGUGUCAUCAUUUAAAGCCAUAAGGACAGAAAACUUUACUCCUUAUGCUACAUCUGACACCAACUUACUCUUCCUUCCCUCGAAUCAGAAAAACACAAACACAAACAAACCAUCACCCUGAUUAUGUGCAGAACUAUGUAGCUGAAGAUGUAGAAAGGCAGUAGGCUCCUUUCUCUUCUUCUGGAUAGUCAUUUUAUACUGUUUGCAGGAGUUACUGUGGUGCAAGUCAUCCCUUCUUCUCUAUCCUCCAAGGUUCAAGCUUGAGAAUGGAGCAGAACAUAAAAAAGAAGCAGCAGCAUCAAACUUUACCCAUCUUAAAAGAAUAUAUUUCAAAGUUUUUAUUUUAUUUUGUUCUUCAUGACCACCACAAGAAAUGGCAUUGUGAAACCCUAGUCACAUCAAUGAGACUGAUACUAGACCAGCAACAGACCGAAGAAACUGUGACAGUAGCCCUAAUUGAUUUGAAGUUGAUUUGGAGUCGGUCUAGCAAUGUGAUUGAGGUAUUAUAUACCAAUAGAUUUCAAGGUGUUUACAGCAAUCAUGAUAACUAUUUGGUAUUUUUGGUUGUUGGUUCCACCAUUGUUUUAUGCUUGUUUUGAUAUGAACAGUAAAAGUAAUGGAAUGUUUUGAUAUAUUAAUACUUCCACUACAUGCAUUUGAACGUGGACACAGAAAAUGAAGAUUUGGUGACUUAUCCCCAACAUCUUGUGAUCACUUUGAGCUGUUAUUGUCCUGUGUAAUUCAUCCUUAAGAGGGGCAUAUGAAUUAAUCUUCCAGUACAGUCUAUGCCCAAAUCGACCAGAGAAUGAUUAUACAUGUACAUUUUGUCACAUCAUAAUUUUCUUAACCUUAAAAGGUUGGGUCACAAUUUAUGAAAGGAAGUGUCAAAGGGUGUUUAUUUAAAGGAAAUAGCUGAAAUUCAUAGAUUUGUAUUGGAUAAAUGUAAACAUUGUAAAACCAUGACACAGCAUUAUGUACAAGUGAUUAGUAUUGGAAAAUGACUGCGGGGGAUAUACUGUAGAAAUAGACUCCUUCCAAUGUCUGCAGGUUUCUGUUAUGCAUAUAUACUUUUCAUGAAAUAAUCUCUUGAGAGUGAGGAGGGAGUUAACUAGUAGGAUACCAGUUAAUGUCGUUCUGCCUCUCAACAGAUGAUUAAGGGCUUAUUGGGCUGCUUGCUUGCUUUUUUCUGUAAUUAAUCUCAAGAUUUGUUCGCUCAUGGACUGCUGAAUUCCCCCACUUCCUUAGGUCUAUGCAGGAAUCUCUUGGUUCCUGUAGACUAAUCCUGUGCUUAAUUAUAAGGAUCUAUCUUUGUAAAAGUCAGCUUUAUUUUACAAACAUUGACAUAUAUUUAACAAAAAUUAAGUAGUCUGAUCUGAUCUCUAAGCAAUACCAUGACAUAAUUGUGCAUUUAUAGUAUUUUAUCCUAAAAUAUUUUCUAGACUGACUGACGGUUUCUACUUUCUAAUUGACCCAAGAGUCUAUAUAUAAGUCAGAGAUGUGAAAAUACAUAGACAUGAAUUGGUCCUCAGUGUUUACUUCAAAGAUUAAGGAAAAUAAAUCAUUUAAUACAUGUAGUCAACUGUUGAAAUGACUUCAUUGCCACUAUGCUAAGGAUAUGAAUCAUUGAUAAGUAUGGAGCUUUUAUGGAUAUGUAUAUAGUGAAAGUGAAAAUCCUUUUGGAAAAAGGGUAAUUCUUGUUUGGACAACCGGUUGUGCAUCAAGUCUAUAAACAUUACUUGAAUUACAAAGGUUUUUAUAGCUGCCAAUAAAGAAAUCUUAUAUGACACAAUUUUAAAGUAAUAUUAUUUCACUUUUGCUGGCUACUUGUAGGGAAUUUCCAUCCCUUAAAAAAAAAGUUGAGGCAAAUGAUGGAAACUAAUAGUAAAUAAUGUUCUAUCAGAGAUUGUUCUAUAUUUUAUAAUUAAAUGAAAUGUAAGCUUUUUGUGGUGUGGGGCUGUUUUUCAGUCAAUGUACCAAGUCCAAGGUCCAAUGGUACGAGUGAAUUAUAUAAUUCGCAAUGAUUUGCAUUAUAUUUUUGUCAGUAAAAGUGAAAGAAUUGAAAUACCAUUUAAGGCAGUGAGAUAAUAUUCAAUUUCAAAUGUUUUCACUUGAAUGAUGUAAUAUAUCUGGGUAGAGAUGGACAAGGAUGAUUCAUUACACUGUUACAUAAUAGCAGCAAUAAAUAAAGUUGAUGAGGCUUCAUACCACCUCUUUAUUGCAUUGUUAAUGUUAAACAUAUUAAUUCUGGUAUGUUGAUAUAGAAACAAGUUUUAAACUCUGGACGCUCACACCAUUCCAUCAGAAAUGUUUAACUCAUCAAAAUCGUUGAUGCCUUUCAUUGUUUUCUCUCUCUUUCUUUUUUUCUCUGUCUCUCUCAAAUAUUAGUUCAUUGAAGAGAUAUUCCUUGUAAAGAUUGAAACAUUUUCAUCUUCUGUGCCUACUUUGCUGUGACAUUAGUUAAUCAAAGCUAUGUUUGAUCACAAAUCAUGAAUGUUUAUUUACAAAACUGAACUUAUUUCUCUCAUUGUUGAUUGAUUUGAUUUGAAUGUCACUGCACAAUGUAUAUACAUGUAUAUGUAUAUUUUUGAGUUAAGUGUUUAAAGUACAUGUACCUACCUGUAGAUUUUGAGGCAUUAUGAUUUUAUACCUGCCGAGAACAGGUAUUUUGCCAUAUGAUUAAAGUCAUCUUGAUUUCAGCUAUAAA